CGCCUACCAGUGGACCGCAAUGAUUUAGAAGUUCAGGAAUCCCACGUGACGUCACCCAGGGGUGACGUUAUGGUUCUCUAAAUAGAUCGUAUUGUAAUCUUUUCUCAGUCCAACGUGGUUUCUUCUGAGGGACUGCUUCAUAUUUUCUGCACUUGUUUUAUGAGACUCUGGCCAGAGGGAUGAACUCAGACCAGGAAAGGCUGUUUGUGUGUAACGCUCCCGGCUGUUCUCAGCGGUUCCCCACGGAAGACCAUCUGAUGAUCCAUCGACACAAACAUGAGAUGACCCUUAAAUUCCCCAGCAUAAAGAAUGACAACAUGUUAUCAGACCAAACGCCAACUCCAACACGUUUCUUGAAGAACUGUGAAGAGGUGGGACUGUUUAGUGAGCUGGACUGCUCCAUUGAGCAAGAGUUUUGCAAAGCCCAAGAAGAAGAAGACAGCAAACAGAACAUCUCACUGCACGGCCAAGCGGGCCAAGGCCAGCACCAGCACCCCCACUCACGGAUGGCCAGUCAUGAUACCAGCAUAGUGAUCCAGCAGGCCCUGCCGUCUCCUCAGUCCAGCUCCGUUAUCACUCAGGCUCCUUCCACAAACAGACAGAUAGGGCCCGUCCCCGGCUCCCUGUCCUCUCUGCUGCACCUACGAAACAGACAGAGACAGCCUCUGCCAGCCUCCAUGCCUGGAACUCUGCCAGACCCCACCAUGCCCGGCUCUUCGGCUGUGCUGUUGCCCAUGGAGAGACAAAUGUCCAUGGGUUCGAACAUGAUGGGCAUGCAAAGUCCCACCCACAGCAGCUCCUGCUCCUCUGCUCACAUUCCCUCAAUGCACUCAGAAGCCAAACUGAGGCUGAAGGCCGCACUCUCACACCACCCUGGAGCCAUUCCCAACGGCAACAUGAACUCCAUGGGCCACAUGAUGGAGAUGAUGUCUUCACGGCAGGAGCAGGGCAGCCAUCCUCACAUGCACCCACACCAGCACAUGCAGGCCCCCGCUCACACGUACCAGCACCACGGACACCACCACCACAACCAGAGCCACAGCCAGGCCACGCACCACCACCCACAAGGACACCAUCACAACCCCCACCUCCUCCCGGGGCACCCCCUCCAGACCUCACCGCACCCUCCUAUGCACUCUGCAUCUCAGAUGUCACCUGCAACCCAGCAAAUGCAGCCUACACAGACGUUGCAGUCCCCACCACCCAGCGGGGGGCGGCGCAGGCGGGUAGCGGACGAGGAUCCGGACGAACGACGGCGAAAGUUUCUGGAACGAAACAGAGCGGCUGCAACGCGAUGCAGACAGAAGAGGAAAGUUUGGGUGAUGUCUUUAGAGAAGAAAGCAGAAGAGCUCACUCAGACCAACAUGCAGCUUCAGAACGAAGUGACCAUGUUAAAGACCGAGGUGACUCAACUCAAGCAGCUUCUGCUCACUCACAAGGACUGCCCCAUCACCACCAUGCAGAAAGAGUCCCAAGGUUACCUCAGUCCAGAGAGCAGCCCAGCAGCCAGCCCGACCCCCCCGGCAUGCUCCCAACAGCAGGUCAUCCAGCACAACACCAUCACCACCUCCACCACGGCCAUAGGAGGCGGCAGCGUGCACGGGCAGACCAACCACCGCACAGACAUUAACCCCAUCCACUAGGGACUAGAAUCUGAUCUGCAGCCUCCGUGCUCCCCCCUCCCCCUCCAGCCUGCUUUAUGAGGGUUCCCAGCUGCAUUUGUUGCCCCGUUUCCACUGUGGAAAGGCCAGAGAGGCUGCUCUUUAUACAGUAGCUGCAGUAUAUUUUUAUACAACAACCCUAUUAACACAUAAUGUCUCUACGGUUCAGCUCCUUGUGUUUUUCGGUUUGCUUUUCUCGAGCAUCUGGCAGAAAGGAAAUGUUUCUGUUGCUUAAUGGUACAAAACUGGCCACCAUGCUGAUGGAGCCGGAGGAGGAGGAGGAGGAGAGAAAGCAUCAGCGACAUUUAUAAAAACUCGCCUCACAUCUCUGAAUGCCCAAGUGUUUCCUGGUCAGACGUCAUGUAGGCAGAGAUCAGCCCUCUCUCAUCCUUAUCCCCAAAGAGCUUUAUGAACUAUUGCAUGACAUGAAUUACACCACAGGAUUAAACUGAAGCAAUACACCACAGUAUUGAGCAUCCUUUCUACUGUAGUCCCAUUCCUGGACGGGGACGGCCACGGACACACACCUGUUUGUUUCAGAACUACACUGUGAUACGGGUGAGGCAGCUCGCCACCCACUCUGCAGGGCCAAGUCUAGCUUUAAUCAUCGAGGCCUUUUGGUUUUGUCUGAGUGUGUCUAUUUGAAAAUGUGUGUUUUGGACAAAACUCCAAAUGAAAUGAGUUUUACUUGUGAAUAUUGUAUAUUUGUGUUAUUUGCUCUGCAGAACAAAGUUCGGUAGCUGUGCUAGGGCAGAACAAGAACCAAGGAAGGGAGAAAAUGUGUAACCUUUUUUCAUUUCCUCUAAGGAACGAGCGUCAUUUGAAGUGAUUAUUUUCCACGUUGUGCCUGAAUCCUUAUCCAAAUCCAUGUUGGCUUUGUACCAUGAAACCACAAGAUGUGUCUAAUUUCCCCUCAAACGAUGUCUGCUUUUGGGCCAAACCUCUUUCUAUCUGAGUUUUUAUUUCCCAGCUUUAAAACUUUCUCUUGUUGUGCAACUUUCUUUUCCUCUCUCCUAAGAGCUGGAAUGUCAGUUUUACUGCAUGAGGACCUGAACGCACCGUUUCUGCAGCAGGAUGGGUGACUCACAUUCCUCUGACAGGCGGAGCGGUCACAGAGCUUGUCUAUGCACUUUGUCCUCUGUCACAUCAGAGGGUAGAAUAGCCAUACGGAGGUCAGAGUAACUCUUAGUGAUCUCCUCAUCCACACACACACACACACACACAGGAGACGGUGCCUAGCCUGGGCCAUGAGGUCAUCACAAUGUUCUUCUUCAAAGCUUCUUAUUUUAUUUAUCCUUUUGAACUUUUUGCGUUUUGUUGUCCGUUUGCAGCGUGUGUGUUCUUGUCGGAGUAGAUGUGUAGACCGGUGUGUGUGUUCUUGUCGGAGUAGAUGUGUAGACCGGUGUGUGUGUUCUUGUCGGAGUAGAUGUGUAGACCGGUGUGUGUGUUCUUGUCGGAGUAGAUGUGUAGACCGGUGUGUGUGUUCUUGUCGGAGUAGAUGUGUAGACCGGUGUGUGUGUUCUUGUCGGAGUAGAUGUGUAGACCGGUGUGUGUGUGUGAUGAGUCAGAGGAAUUCUCUUGAAAAGGGCUUCGCUGCAUCAUCCCUCUGAGCUUUUUGCCUUAUUUUCAAUUUCUAAUUUUAGAUGAAACCAUUCCAGAUUUUUCAUGUUUAAUGUGCUCAUGACCUUGAAUUGCUCACAACUGGGAACAUUUGGAGGAUUUAAAACUUUUUCUAAUACAUCAGAUUCAGGUUUAUGAAACAUUUACUUUGUGAGGUCAAAUGGAAGUACAGUGUGUGUGUGUGUGUGUGAGAAAGGUGGAGAUCAUUUCUCACAUUUUAAUGGUAUAUCUGUUAUUUUAAAUCUAAAAAGUAUAAAUAUUGUACAUAAAAUCAUUAAUUUCUAUAAUCCUGUACAUGUAUUACAACCACCUUUCUUUCUGAAGGGAGUAUACGUGUGUGUGGUACGUUUGUAAAUAAUGUUUUUACAACACUUGUUGCCUUUUAAUGUUUGUCAAAAUGUUCAUUCCAGCGUUUAAAACAGUUGAAAUGCAUAAUGAAUUGAUGAAUUCAUCCUCACCUGCAUAACUUUGUACAUUUUUCUCGUGUUGGUCUGUGUUCAUGACUUUUGCGUUUGUACAUUUAAUAUCACUGCAGUUACAUGACAAUAAAGCACCUGUUCUGUAACAAUAAA